ACAGCGAAUAUAAGGGGAAUUAUUGGCGAGAGAGCUGUAGACCAACUUAGCUCUGAACCCAUUACUUUUCCCCAAAUCAGAAAAAUUUUACAGUUACCGGAACCAUUUCUCAUGCAGAUAAGAAUUCAAGCUUUGACAUUGUAAACCCCAGACGAGUUGGAGCCUGGCAUCGGAAAGAGGUGUGCAGCAACGAUUUCUCCUCUUGUCUUAAGAAGUUCACUUCUGCAGGAGGGAGUCUGAAAAUGACAGGGGCAAAGAGGAAAAAGAAAAGCAUGCUGUGGCGCAAGAGGCAUACUCCUCAGUGUGAAGACAUUAAAGAGUGGUGCAGAAGGCGGUUACCUAUUCUGGAAUGGGCUCCACAGUACAAUGUGAAGGAAAACCUGCUUCCAGACACCGUUUCUGGAAUCAUGUUGGCAGUUCAACAGGUGACACAAGGUUUGGCCUUCGCUAUGCUCUCCUCUGUGCACCCAGUAUUUGGCUUAUAUGGGUCCCUAUUUCCAGCCAUCAUUUACGCCAUAUUCGGAAUGGGGCAUCAUGUUGCCACAGGUACCUUUGCCCUGACAUCCUUAAUUUCAGCCAAUGCAGUGGAGCGACUUGUCCCUCAGAGCAGCCAGAACCUCACCACACAGAGUAAUGCAAGCGUGCUGGGCUUAUCCGACUUUGAGCUGCAGAGGAUCAGUGUGGCGACUGCAGUUUCCUUCUUGGGAGGUAUCAUUCAGGUGACCAUGUUUCUAUUACAACUGGGCAGUGCCACCUUUCUGCUUACGGAACCUGUGAUCAGCGCCAUGACAACUGGAGCUGCCACUCACGUAGUCACUUCACAAGUCAAGUAUCUCUUGGGAAUGAAAAUACCGUAUAUCUCUGGACCACUUGGAUUCUUUUAUAUUUAUGCCUAUGUCUUUGAAAACAUCAAGUCUGUCCGACUGGAAGCUCUACUUUUAUCCUUACUGAGCAUUGUGGUACUCGUUCUUGUUAAAGAGCUGAAUGAACAAUUUAAAAGGAAAAUUAAAGUUGUUCUUCCCGUCGAUUUAGUUUUGGUUAUUGCUGCAUCCUUUGCUUGUUACUGUACCAACAUGGAGAGCACGUAUGGAUUGGAAGUACUCGGUCAUAUUCCAAGAGGAAUUCCUCCUCCCAGAGCUCCCCCAGUGAACAUGCUCUCCGCGGUCAUCACUGAAGCCUUUGGCGUGGCUCUGGUAGGCUAUGCGGCCUCCCUGGCUCUAGCUCAAGGAUCUGCCAAAAAAUUCAAAUAUUCAGUCGAUGACAACCAGGAGUUCUUGGCCCAUGGACUCAGCAAUGUGAUUUCUUCGUUUUUCUUCUGCAUCCCGAGCGCUGCUGCCAUGGGAAGGACUGCCGCUCUGUACAGCACAGGAGCGAAGACACAGGUGGCUUGUCUAAUAUCUUGCGUUGUCGUCCUAGUAGUCAUCUAUGCGAUAGGACCUUUGCUUUACUGGCUACCCAUGUGUGUUCUUGCAAGUAUUAUUGUUGUGGGACUGAAAGGAAUGCUAAUACAGUUUCGAGAUUUAAAGAAGUAUUGGAAUGUGGAUAAAAUUGACUGGGGCAUCUGGAUUAGCACAUACGUGUUUACAAUAUGCUUUGCUGCCAACGUGGGACUGCUGUUUGGUGUUAUUUGUACUAUAGCUAUAGUGAUAGGACGCUUCCCAAGGACAAAGACCAUAAGUGUAAAAAAUAUGAAAGAAAUGGAAUUUAAAGUGAAUACAGAAGUGGAAGAAGAAAUGCCGCCACGGUUGAAAAUUAUCUCAAUAAACAACCCACUUGUGUUCCUGAAUUCUAAGAAAUUUCGCACUGAUGUCAUGAACAUCAUCCAAAAGCAAUAUGCCAACAACCUGGCAGUGGAUGAUACCAGCAAGUGUGAACAAAACACAUUGCUCAAUUCUCUGUCUAAUGGCAACUGCAAUGAAGAAACUUUGCAGCCCUUCCCUACUGAGAAGUGUUCACUGAUCCUGGACUGCAGCGGAUUGACGUUCUUUGACUCUUCUGCAGUCUCUGUGCUGGUUGAGGUCUACAUGGACUGUCAGACCAGGAGUGUGGAUAUAUCAUUAGCCAAUUGCACAGCUUCCUUGACAAAAGCAAUGGAGUACUAUGGAAACCUAGAUUCGGAAAAACCAAUUUUCUUUGAAUCGGUGUCUGCUGCAAUAAGAAGCAGCUAUUUAAAUAAGAAUUUGAACAAGGUCAAUGACCACAGCGAAGUGUGAGGCCAUUUUGUUGCAGCACAUCUGUUAUCUUCUGCAGGUGCCUGAGGAGGCCAAAUACUGGCAUCUAGCACAUUCUUUUGUUUAUAUCUUACCGAUAACCUCUACUAUGAAGCAGGAUGUGACUUAACAUUAGUACCUGCACAUCCAUCGACUGAGAUAUGCCAAUAGAUUUUCUUAGCCUUUAUGAGUAAGCAGGUUCACUGUUUAUGUAAAAUCAGUAUGCAUGUAAUUUUGAUGUACUUAUGGGUAAACGUGAUUUUAUUUCCUAUGGCUGCAGUACGCUGUGUAGUUUUAUGUCUGUUUUGCCAUAAGUUGAUUGUAAAAAUGACACACACUUUAGUCAUGAGAUUCGAAACAUUUAUAAGCCAUUUGUAAAAAUUGAGGAUCAUCUGUAACAUAAAACAACUCACCAAAUAUAAAAUUUUCUGUUCCCUCACCCCCCCAAAACACUGAAAUAUCAAUCAGGCUAACUAUUAUCUUAUAUAACAGAAAAAUAAAAUUACCAAGAAAACAAACAAAUGACACACCAGAAAUUAUGUAUUUUUAUUGAAAUAAGUCCAUUCUUGAGGUAUUCA